CACUUCCCCGCAGAGGUCGGCCUUUCACAGGAACGCUUUCCCGAGAGCCGUUGAGGCUGCUGCAGCCUUAAGAGGCCAGCCAAGGAUUGCCGUCAGAGCAUCAUCCCCCAGAGGCACCGAGGAGACAGGAAACCUGCAUCCUGCCUGAUGAUGUUCAGCCUGGGUUGCAUCCCCUGGUCCUGCCAGCGGGCUCAUCCCAUGGGAGCCCGAGGCAGGACCAAAGGCAGGGAGCCCACGGCUCGGGCUCCCACGGGGUUGAGAAGAGGGGCGGCAACCUGAGUGCUCCCUCUAGGCGCCGAAGAAGAAGCCCCCGGAGGAUCAGGCAGAGGUGGAGAAGCCUGCUCUCCAGGUUCAAGUGAGCAGAGAUGAGGUCCAGGUCCACGCCGGCUCCUUGGAAAACCCAAAUGUAGCAGCUAGUGCUCCUGGCUCACCGAGUCCUCGCUUCCGCCGACGAAUCUGGCAUCUGUUCCCUCUCAGAGGCGGCUGUCACUGCUGGUCCCAUUUCACAGAUUUGCGGAACUGAUACUCUGACUUCCCCGUUUGCUCUCAGACCCCCAAGAUGCUGAUCGCCUGCUACUGAAACCAGGAAUUAGCUUGUCUGCCUGAGGAUGUGACUGCUGCCUUCGAAAGAAGCUUCGGGAGAGAUCUGCCGAUUGCCAGCUUAGCGAUGCUGCCGACGGCUUCCAGCAAAAGAAGAACCUUCGCUGCCAGAUACUUCACUCGUUCCAAGAGCCUGGUGAUGGGGGAACAGAACCGGAGCCCAGGGAGGCCCCCGGCCCCCCACAAGCUGGGCCCUGUACUCAAGGCCGGCUGGCUGAGGAAGCAGAGAAGCAUCAUGAAGAACUGGCAGCAGCGAUGGUUCGUGCUACGUGGGGAUCAGCUCCUCUACUACAAAGACAAAGAUGAGAGCAAGCCCCAGGGAUUUAUUUCUCUACAAGGGACACAAGUUACCGAACUCCUUCCAGACCCUGAAGACCCAGGGAAACACCUGUUUGAGAUCACCCCAGGUGGUGCCGGGGAGCGGGAGAAGGUGCCAGCCAACCCUGAGGCGCUCCUGCUCAUGGCCAGCUCCCAGCGUGACAUGGAGGACUGGGUGCAGGCCAUCCGACGUGUCAUCUGGGCCCCACUGGGCGGAGGUACUUCCCGAAACUCGCAUGCCCACCCUGUAGAACCCCUGUCUACAGGGAUCUUUGGGCAGCGGCUGGAGGACACAGUGCACCAUGAGCGGAAGUAUGGUCCCCAUCUGGCACCUCUGCUGGUGGAGCAGUGUGUGGACUUCAUCCGGGAGCGAGGACUCAGUGAAGAGGGCCUCUUCCGUAUGCCCGGCCAGGCCAACCUGGUGAGGGACCUGCAGGAUUCCUUCGACUGUGGGGAGAAGCCUCUGUUUGACAGCACCACAGACGUGCACACAGUGGCCUCCCUGCUGAAGCUCUACCUUCGGGAGCUCCCAGAACCCGUCAUCCCUUUCGCCAGGUAUGAGGACUUCCUCAGCUGCGCCCAGCUGCUCACCAAGGACGAGGGGGAGGGGACUCUGGAGUUGGCUAAACAAGUGAGCAACCUUCCUCAGGCCAACUACAACCUGCUCCGAUACAUCUGCAGGUUUCUGGAUGAAGUGCAGGCCCACUCGAAUGUCAACAAGAUGAGCGUCCAGAACUUGGCAACAGUCUUUGGCCCUAACAUCCUUCGGCCUCAGAUAGAGGAUCCAGUGACCAUCAUGGAAGGCACGUCUUUGGUUCAGCAUCUGAUGACUGUCCUCAUCCGCAAACAUGGACAGCUCUUUACCGCAACCUCCCUCGAAGAACCUGCUUUACCACGUGGUACGGCCCAGAGCACAGUAGAGUGGGGCUCCGAGGAGGUCACCAGGGACCGCCAGGGUGAGCCUGGUAGCCCGGGCUUGCCCACACACAGGACCUCAUCUCUGGAUGGGCCAGCCGCAGCAGUACUCUCUAGAACUUCUCCCCCACGCCUUGGCAGCCAGACUGGCCCAGCGGCCACCAGCCCUGGGAAGAGGAUGCAUACUUUGCCCGGCUGGAAGUCCUCCUUUCGGCAGGGGUCACGGUCAGAGAGCCCCAAGGGGGGCAGCUCGUCCUUAGAGGUCCCCAUCGUCUCCUCCGGUGGGAACUGGCUCAUCAACGGGCUGUCCUCUCUGCGUGGCCACCGUCGGGCUUCAUCGGGGGACCGCCUCAAGGAUGCAGGCUCAGUGCAGAGACUCUCCACCUAUGACAACGUGCCCCCAUCCAGCCACUUUCCUAGCACGGCCAGCAUGGCCAGCAUGGCGUGGUCUGCAGCCUCAUCCUCCCGAGAGGCCUCCAUCAGCAGCUGCACGGCCUGCCGGGCCAGCGACUCUUCCGCCUGCAGCUCCUUACACACCGAGUGGGCUCCUGAGCCCUCUCCCCUCCCCAGCAGCAGUGAGGACCACAGGUCACCAGACCUGGGCCACAGCCUGGAUGAGGCAUGUGCGGGCAGCGGCAGCAGCGACCCUAACGACCCGGGCAGCCCCCCACAGGCUCACGUCCGCUGCUGCCGGACUCUCCAGGGCCAGGUGGCCGCGCUCAGGGCAGAGCUGUGUCAGCAGAGGACUGAGUACGAGAGGAGCCUGAAAAGCAUCGAAGAGGGCAGUGCUGACUUGCGGAAGCAGAUGUCUCGUCUGGAAGAGGAGCUGGACCAGGAGAAGAAGAAGUACGCCAUGCUGGAGAUAAAGCUGCGGAACUCAGAGCGGGCGCGUGAGGACGCGGAGCGCAGGAACCAGCUGCUGCAGAAGGAGAUGGAGGAGUUCUUUGCCACCCUGGGAAGCUUGACUGUUGGGACCAAAGGGGCCAGAGCCCCUGAGUGAAGGGAGCAGAAAUACAUGUCUGUAUAUGUCCGCUCACUCUCCCUGCAGGGCUGGCACAGGCUGCAGAGGAAGCCAGAAGCUUCAAGUUUGGGCCAGGCCACCAGCAGGGCCAUCUGCCCUCAAGCGCCAGAUAGAAAGAGCCCAACAGCCCACAGGGACUGUCAGGACCCCACAUAGUCCAGGCAGGAUCUGGAUGCUUCAUAAAACUCUGGGUCCCAGAAGGUGUCAGAGGGGACAGUGCCAAGAUGAGCAUUAGCCCCUCAUCCAGGAAAAAUCCCCAAUGGCCAUCCAUAAGGACGGCACCUAAGGGCAGGGCCACCGCCAAGAACUUCACUCCUUAUUAAAUGUGCUCUGAAAGCA